GCACCUCAAAGUCAAACUACGUUUGAUUUCUAGAAUUAUAUUAAUAGAUCUCUUGAGGAUUUCAUUGUUGUAGUUGGGAUCAGGUGGGUCAUCAUCACACUUAACUUCUCUCUCCAUCAGCUUCUACCCCUCGACAUGAAAUUGACAUCCAUACUUUACUUUGUGUGCACGAAAUUUUGGUUCUUUCAAGAGGCUUAUAUAGCAUGUCCUCAAUGACGAGAGGAGAAAAUGAGCAGUUCAGAGACAAAACCAGAACCUUCGGACAAUGGCUUGGAACAUUUAUUAGAAAAAUAAACAAUAAAUAUAAAGAAAGAAAGAAAGAAAGAAAAGAAAGCGGCCAUAGAAUAUGGAGACUCUCAAUUUUUUUUUUUUUUUUAAUCUUAUUUUUUAAAGUUAACUUUCUCCUGAUUGCAGCCCCACAAUUUGGUUCUUUGCUGUAGUAUUCCUAUUGUAUAAGACAAACGAUAUACCAUUGACACCUCAUCUUCCUCCACUCCUUUGCUCUACCAAUACCAAUUUUGACCCUGUGUGGGAUAUUGUUAUUAUAAAAACAUUUGUAUGGAUAGCAAUAAUUUAUUAAUACUCUACUAUUUACAAGCUGGCGUUCUUAUCUAUGGCUACUCUUUGUUCCUUUGAUUAUUAUCUUAUUAGUAGGGACAAAGCUACAAGUCAUCACAACAAAGAUAUCUGGUUUAACUGGCCACGCCUCAUCCUCUACCUCAUUCACUUUGUUCUCUUUCAGAAUGCCUUUCAAUUUGCUUUCUUAGCAUGGGCUUUGUGUGAAUUUGGGUUGAAAUCUUGCUUCCAUGAGAAGGUCCAAUGUAUAGUCAUCAGAAUAUCAAUAGAGAUUCGCAUACAAAUACUAUGCAGCUAUGUGACUCUUCCUCUAUGUGCCUUGGUAACAAAGAUGGGUUCGAAUAUGAGGCUGCCAUCUUCGACCACAAAGUAGCGACAGCUUCACAAAAAUGGCACCACAACGCAAGAAACACGUAAAGCAGAGCAAGCAUUCAAGUUCAACCAGUUUGCCAGUGACACCAACAUAAUCCAUGUCCCCCUGAGCAUCUACUGCACAAUCAACAACGUGAACAAGAAGGCAGUGGUGAAACAUCCCCAAGAAUGUCCAAUUUCAAGAAUGAAGGUUGGGAGAGUGAAGAGUCCCUCUCACCACCCAAUCCUCCUUCAACCCAUUAUGGUUUUCCAGAUCAGCAUGAGAUUUCCAUUCAAACCAGGGAAUUUUCAUCCGACACAUCAGAAAAGAUUCGAAGAUUAGUCAAAAGAAAUAACUAAUAGCCUGCAGCAAUAAUAUAACUGCAAAACUCCAUGCAAUCAUGGAUUACCAUUUACAUUUCUUGUUCAUUUAUUGUGAAUAACAGUGGGUGGCAGAAAUCCAGAAAAUGCAAAUGUAUCAUUAAUCUGUUGCCAAUUAUUUUCGGUAAUGUCAAGCUGAUUGUAUACAGAAAUUUCAAUU